AUGGUUAAUGAAUUAAAAACAGUUUCCGGUGAUGUUGCGAAUAAAGAAAAAAAUGCAGUCGAUAUUGAUUAUGCUCUAGAUGUAGCGGGUCUUGGCUGGUAUAACAUUCGCUACAGUCUCUGCCUGGCUCUCUUUCUCAUCGCCGUUAUCAUAGAGCCUAUAGGUUACGCAUACAUUCUCCCGGUUGCCAGAUGCGAUCUACAGAUGACGGAGACUCAACGUGGGUUCAUAGGAUCCAUACCGUACAUUGGCAUAGCACUCACGUCGUUUCCAUGGGGCUACGCGGUGGACACGCGGGGCAGGAAAAAAAUGAUAGUGCUCAGUUCAGCAGCAGCAGGCUUGUUGGGUAUCCUAUCGGCUUUUAUGCCAGAUUUAAUAUCAUUUACUGCUAUUAAGUUCCUCAUGUCUCUUUGCCUGGCUUGUCCCGCCGCAGUGCCAUAUUCGUUUAUUGGUGAGAUCCUGCCCAGCAAGUACAGAGAUGUUACUCUAUCAGUAACCAACGCAAUGCAAAUAUUUGGAUCAGUUUUUGUUCCUUUAUUGGGAUGGGCAAUCCUACCUCUCACGUUUAGAGUUGAUUUUGGCCUCUACGAGUUCAAGCCAUGGCGACUUUUAACUGUUAUUUACGCACUUCCGUUUCUAUUGGGUGCCUUAUUGAUGUAUUUUGGCCCGGAAAGUCCGAAAUAUCUCAUGUCCCAAGGCCGGCAUGAUGAAUCUUUAGAAGUAUUGAGGACAAUGUAUGCGGUGAAUAAAAAGAAAUCACCAGACGACUUUCCAAUAAAAUAUCUACGGAUGAACGAAGAUCUAAAGGAGGAAAAACCACCGUUCUUCAAAUCUUUAGCCAUACAAUCGGCGCCAUUGUUAAAGCCACCAUAUAUAAAAUGGAUGGCCUUAAUAGGAUUUCUGCUACUAGGAAUUUUCGCAAACAUAAAUGGUUUAUACGUAUGGUUACCUGCUGUUUUGAAUACCGUAUUAACUGGCGGAGGAGAAGGCCAAACAGCAUGUCAAGUACUUGCUGCAAAACGAAAUCAGACAGACGUUGGUGUGGAAUGCAUCGAAACAAUUGAUUCAAUGACGUUCAUCAUUAACGCCCUCUCCAGUCUUGUGUGUGCCGUUAUUGCAAUAGGAGUCAGCAGUGUAGUAAAGGUUAUUGGGAAGAAAAAUCUCUUAAUAGCUUUUUACACACUCAUGGGAUGCGUGUGUGUUGGUAUUAAUUUUGCGACGAACCAAAUUCUGUUUGCAAUUCUGGUGUCUUCGUUUCCUAUCUUGGGUCUGUGUAUUGGACCAGCUAACGCUUUCGCUGUGGAUAUUUUCCCGACCAAAUUGAGAGGUAUGGCCGUCAGUUUGUCCAUGAUGGUUGGUCGUUUUGGGUCGGUCGUCGGUAUGAAUAUUGCUGGAACAUUGCUCAGUACUGCCUGUGAAAUCACGUUUUAUGGAUAUGGAGGAUUAUUGUUCUUAUGUGGGUUGCUGAGCAUUUUACUUCCAAGACCAACGGCGCAGCCGAGGCAUGAUAUAAAAACUAUGUCAACAAAGUUGUAG